UGCUUUUUAUUCGAAUUGAUAUAUUGCUUUAGUGCUAUUUUUCUUUGUAUAUAAAUCUCCUUGCUUUUGUUUAGUGUAAUUAAUUGUAGAAAAUUGUAAAUAUAUUUUUUGUGCUUUUGUUACAUAUUACUUGAUUCUAAUCAUGUCUUCAUUUCCAGUGCUGAUUGCUGGCCAUUCCCAGGCCAAGUAUUUUAAUCAAUAUUUAUCUUUAUCUGAAACUAAUGUGCUUUCUUAUUCAGGUUUUCGUAUUGACCAGAUGUUCAACGAACUGCAACCAACCAUCGACAACUACAACACCGUGGUACUUCACGUUGGCGCCAACGACCUCUCCCGUGGUUCAUCAGUAAAGACUCUACUCAGGAAAUACCAACAACUGACAUCAGACAUUUGGCACAGCAACCCAACAGCAGACAUCAUCAUAUCUGGAGUCCUACCUAGAGCCGACAACCAAUUCCCAGGGGCACUUCUGCGCACCAACUUCCUAACGGAACUCAACCAGAGAGCUCGGCUACUCAAUACCAAACUACAGUUACUAGCUACCCGAGUUCCAAGACUCCACUACGUUGGUCACCCGUCAUUCGCCCAGAAAGGUACUAUCCAGAGACACCUACUCAGUCGAGAUGGUCUUCAUCUAAGCUACCGUGGUACAUCAACUGUGGUGAAAGACAUCGAGAGCGCCAUUCGUCAUCUACGCAAAACCAAGGAUACUCAUGACAGCAUCUGGGAACUACCAACGUCAACACCAACGUCAACACCAACGCCAACACCAAAAGCACCUACACCAAUGCCUGACCCAACUGAACCAGCUGUAGACCAAUCACUGUACCGAACUGCACUACUCACUUUACCGAUACGAACACCAACACCAACACCAACACCAAAACCAGUACUAACUUCAACAGGUAUUCAGGUGAUUGAAGAGUGGCCUGCUCUUCCACGGGUAUGUUAUCUGGUAUCUUCUCUUAUUAACACUUCAUCUACCUCUAACACUGUGCAUGUUCCUACCACCACGUCCUCAUCUGUUCCAGCAUGUACCAUCUCACCAAAUCCUGUUUGUGUCGCACCUACCUCCACUUCUAGCCGCUCACCCACUUCCACUUCUUACCGCUUGUCUACCUCCACUUCUAACCGCUUGCCUACCUCCACUUCUAACCGCUUGCCUACUUCCACUUCUAACCGCUUGCCUACCUCCACUUCUAACCGCUUGUCUACCUCCACUUCUAACCGCUUGCCUACCUCCACUUCUAACCGUUUACCUACCUCCACUUCUAACCGCUUGCCUACCUCCACUUCUAACCGCUCACCCACUUCUAACCGCUUGCCUACCUCCACUUCUAACCGCUUGCCUACCUCCACUUCCAACCGCUCACCCACUUCUAACCGCUUGCCUACCUCCACUUCUAACCGUUUACCUACCUCCACUUCUAACCGCUUGCCUACCUCCACUUCUAACCGCUCACCCACUUCUAACCGCUUGCCUACCUCCACUUCUAACCGCUUGCCUAACUCCACUUCUAACCGUUUACCUACCUCCACUUCUAACCGCUUGCCUACCUCCACUUCUAAUCACUCACCGUCGUCUGUUACUAACACUCCCAUCUAUUUUAAAGGUGCCGGUCAUGUUUUGUCUAAUUUUUAUCCAUGUAUUCUUACUUUCCAGGGGUUAACCUUCAGUAGUUCUGAACAUUUGUAUCAGUAUCGCAAGGCUGUCGAGCAUUCCGAUUUCCAUUUGGCGCAUCUUAUUCGUUCAGCUUCGACAGCCAAGGACUGCAAAGUCCUUUCAAAACAUGUAAAAACUAACCAGAAUUGGUUAUUAUUCAGGCAGGACAUCAUGCUUGAAGUUUUGGCAGUUAAAUUAGAUCAGUGUGCAAAAUUCAAAAAAUAUUUACUUAGUACAAAAUUAUCUGAACUGAUACACAAUGUAGCAGACACUUUCUGGGGUAUUGGUUGGAAUGGCAGUGGUACCAACAUUCAGGGUAAGCUUUUGAUGCAGUUACGGUAUAGUAUUGCUAACACUCCUUCAGUUAACUCACUAGUUACCACCACUCCUAUUGCUAACACUCCUUCAGUUAACUCACCAGUUACCACCACCACUCCUCUUUAG